AUGGACUCCGGCGCGACGGGCGACUGCCCGUCUCUCCCUUGGCGGACAGUGUCCAACAUGACUAUGUGGGGUGUGGCUGGACUCUGUCGUGCAUUUUUGUCAGGUUUGUGUAACGCCGAAGCGCAUGGUGCCGAGGCCUUCACGGAGUUGUUGGACUCGAGACGGGAUCCAUCGCAAAGAACGAGAGGAUUGAUCACAGUAUCGAAUCAUAUCAGUGUACCACUGUCAUUCUUCUUCACCAUGGGACAAGUUUUACCGACACACCGUUCCGCUCAUUCGCAAUUCGGUGGACUUGGUCAACCGGCGAUGACCCAGGCUAUUCGAUUACUGUCCAAGGGCCCUUUUCCCGUCGACCACCACCGCGCUGCUCCAGAACGCCAGCACUUCAACCUUCAGAACGUUUGUGUCGACCCCUUCUCGGACCUUUCCGUCGCAUAUACCACCAACGGUGAAGAUGCACACCUAGCGCCUUCCGCAUACGCAUGCAAUUCAUACUCCUGGGUCCAUAUUUUCCCCGAGGGCAAGAUCCAUCAAUCUCCGCGCAAGACCAUGCGUUACUUCAAGUGGGGAGUCGCACGGCUGAUUCUGGAAGCAAAGGAGUGUCCGGAUGUAGUACCGAUGUGGAUUGAGGGAAUUGACGAUGUUAUGCAUGAAAGUCGAGAAUUUCCCCGAUUUUUGCCUCGACCGGGCAAGAAGGUCGAUGUGACUUUUGGAUCAAAAGUUGAUACCGAAGUUGUGUUUGGAGAUAUGAGGUCGCGCUGGCAGAAACUGAAAUCCAAGGUGGAAGCCAUGGACGCUCAAUCUCGAGACCUGCCUGUGGGGGUACUGAGUGACGAGCUGUUGAACAACAAGGAGGCCGUGGAGUUACGCAAGGAGGUUACUCGAAAGAUCCGCAACCUGGUAUUAGAUGUACGAAGAUCCCGUGGCUUGCCAGAUGAGGACCCCAAGCAGGGUCUUGUGGAGACAUGGCUUGAGGAAGGCCCGAAGCGAGAAGGGCACAUGAAAGACGAUUCGUGGGUCAGAGAUAUCUGA